AUGAGAGUGAGAGGCAUUCUAGGCUUCAAACUCGACUUUGAGAGCAGACGGAACAAUGGGCGACGUGCUUUUCAUACAUGCAAACCAUAUGUGAUCACUCAUUAUCUCCCUUCCUUGUCCCUGCCUUUCUCCCAGAGCUACACGGGUCAGAGCGGCGGCGGUGGCGGUUCCGGAAACGCCAGCGGGAAUGCCGCUGGCGACGAGGACUACGAAAUCCCGCCAAUCACUCCACCCAACCACCCAGAGCCCUCCCUGCUCCACCUGAUGGAGCACGACUCCACCGGGUACCUCUGCCACUCGCUGCCCCACAACGGGCUCAUCAACCCUUACUCCUACCCGGAGCUGCCCGCCCUCAUGAUGUCCAACAUGCUGGCCCAGGACGGACACCUGCUCUCCAGCCAGAUGCCCUCGAUGCAGGAGAUGGCUUUGCACCACCACCAUCACCAGCAACAACAACACCACCACCACCUCCACCACCAACACCACCACCACCACCCAGAUGGCCAUCAUUACGACCCUUCCCGUCACAACCCUUUACUAAACAGUUCCCAUAGGAUACUGGCCAACCCAAUGAGCGCCCUGUCCCAGCUGAACCCCCAGCUCGGACGCGGGCCCCUCCCCCACGGUUCCCCCUCCCCUCCCGGGAGUAAAUCGGCCACACCCUCCCCCUCCAGCUCCAAUCAGGAGGAGGAGAAUGAGUCUCAUUUGAAGAUCACGGGCGAGAAGCGGCCCUCCUCAGAAAUGAUGAAGCCCAAGCCCAAACCACAGAAGAAGAAAAAGAAGAAGGACCCCAAUGAACCCACCAAGCCUGUGUCGGCCUACGCCCUGUUCUUCAGAGACACGCAGGCCGCCAUUAAGGGACAGAACCCCAACGCCACCUUCGGAGACGUGUCCAAGAUAGUGGCCUCCAUGUGGGAUGGACUGGGAGAGGAGCAGAAGCAGGUAGCCAUGUGAAACCAAAUGGUGGCCAUUGGGCUAUAUUCACCCAGCGGCCAUCUUGGCUCCAAACGCUGUCCGUGUGAGGGGAACUGAAUGCGUGAUUAGUUGCCCUCACCCAGAUAGUUUUGAGAGCCAAGAUGGCCGCAUGAAUACUUAGCAUGACUAUCACAAAAGCCAUUCCAGCAAAUAAAUAGUUUACAGGUGAAUACAUUUGAUCUUUUUAAUUUGAAUAGAGAUUGUAUAUAAAGCAUAUACACAGGUGUGUCUAUCUAGUGAAAGCAGAAAUGUGUUUUAAUAAGAAAAUGAAAGACUAUUUCAAGGUUGGUCUAUGAAAAUAUACAUACACAAUGGUACAUUCUUCAUAAACUACAUUUUCGCCAUUCCAGACCAGCACACCCAGCCAAAAUACUUGUUUUUGUUUUUUUGUGAGUGUGGUAACAAAUGGUGUUGUGAAAUGAAUGGAAAAUGAGUCUGGUCUGAUGAUGCUGGUCACAGACGGACUCAUAUUUUUAGAAUACGCAGAGUGUCUGUGCACACGCACACACACGCAAGCACACACACACCCCCCCCCCCCCACACACACACACACACACGUAGACCGGUUGUCAAAUAAAAGUACCUGUCUCCAUGACAAAGUACAGCCCAUUCUCCUUAGCCCCAACCACCGUCGCCUAGACCCUUUCUUGCACCAGUGUGUGUUUUUCUCUCUCUCCCUCGCUCCCUCUCUCUCUCCCCUACUUUAUAUACGCUGGACUUUGGAGGCCGUCUGUCCCUUUUAUUUGCAGUUAAUUUUUGCCACCUUCGCCGGGGCUCUUCACCAUGAAUCUUCAUUUCGCCGCUGACACCCUUGAAUGUGAAUUCCUCAUUUCCUGUCCUUUUAUUUAUAUCUGUUGCCUGGUGAUUUGAUCAUGCCGGGAAUACAAGAUUAGCAAUUGCCUUGUCCUUGGUUUUCGCCUCAAGGACAUCUGCUACUGAAAUGUUAUUGUUUGUGCUUCUUCUUAACCCCUUGUUCACUGGGUUUCUUGCUAGACCUUUAUAAUGGUGAAGCCACCGCACAGGACUUUUGUCCUGGAUGUAAUUAUUUCUUUCUUUCUUGAUCUCUAUCGCUCUGUGUCUGUUUCUCUAUUUUAAUCUGCUAUUUCUUUAUUUAUGUUUACGUUCCUUUCAGAUUGUUGUCUUUCUGUCUGUUUGUGUGUGUGUUUGUCUCUCUCUCUCUCUCUCUCUCUCUCUCUCUCUCUCUCUCUCUUCCCCUCUCUAUCGCACGCUCUUUCACCAUGGACAUGGUCCUUCAUACUAUUACCUGUACACAGAGACUGGCUUACGGAAAGGCCAUUCCACCAUUUCGUCUAUCUAAUAUGUUACUGCACAGCACUUCUUUUCACGUUUAGUUUCCAUGAACUCGUGCUCAAUUAAAUGACCUCACCUAAAGGACACAUAAUUAACCUGAAAUAAUGAUAUUUGUGUGGAAUUAAAUGUAGCAAAGCUUUCUUUAUCUGCUUGUUUCAAUAACACGAGGGGUUAGUAUAUACACACAUCUACCAUUAUAGCUGUUACUAAGAAACUUGAUUGCUAUUCAUUUAAAUAGGACUGUUGCGUUCACAAAUCCUGUUCAGAAUGAGGGCUCAUUGGGCCAACUGCCAGUGACCGGCCUGUUAUUGGAUUUGUUUAACUAUCUUUUUCCAAUUCCGAUGGCCCCUAUUGGUUUUUAAAUACGUUUGGUUUUUUUCUAUUUUAUUCACGCUAUUUGCACUGUAGAAACCAGUUAAUGGAGAUUGCCUGGACGAGGCUAUGAGUUUAUUUGUUGAGUACAAUGGCUCUUUUCUGCCAUCUGGUGGCCAGAGAUCAAUCAGUGCCACUUUAUUGGCUACUCCUGGCGAUUGAAAUACAUUUUUACAUCUCCUAUUUAUCUCAACCAAAACAUAAAUCUCUUUGUUACCAGUAUGGCGUCUGAAUUUGGUCUGGUGCAUUCCUAGCAAAUCAUUGCACACAUUUCAAUCUGUGUGAUUGCAAAUAUGACCUAUACACUCCCUCUGUUGGAAAUUUGAGUUCUUCUUUAAAAAAUGUCAGCGCGUAGACAAUACCCCCCAACCCCAUUACCCUGUUCUGGAGCUGGAGAUGAAUACUGUUUCUUUUAACAUUGGCUGUCACAUGGAUUCUACAGGACGGAUGAGGUGUGCUCCGUAAUGUCAAAGUCAGACCUUCUGGAGCCAUGCGGCAGCCCUAGAAUGUAAACACAAUCUUCCUCUUACAGGUUGGUUUGUUUUAACUAGAACGUGGCUCCUGCUUCCAAUUACCUGUAGUGCAUGUGAAGCUCUGCUGUCAAGCAGAAUCCACAUGAAAAGGCUGAAGGCUGCGCUGCGCGUGUUCUAUGAGACUAUGACUCUAUUCUUUAUCGCUGGAACAAUCACAAGAUUGUAUGUUGUGAUUUGAGUUCUUUUGUUCUUUUUUUCCUUUCCUCUCCUUUCCCUAUUUUUUUGCAGUUGCUUUUGUAAGUUCCAGUUCUUGUUGGUUGUGUGCUAGUUUAUAUUCCGGCGCUGUCCUUGAGUUUGAAAAGAACAAAGACUUUUAUUUGUAUUAUUAUGGUUUAUGUUAAGAUUUAUUCCUUUAUUAAGAUGUUUUGGAGACCAUACUGUAUUCAGCUUUUCAAUUCCCAAAGGCGUUCUUCUUUGUGGUGCAAGAUCAAUGCG